AUGAUUAUCGUCCUCACUAUUAUUUCGCUUCUAUUCCAAAAUAUAGUCGCCUUCAGUGCUACCGCUGACACUGAAAAAUGCAAAGUCUUCACAUCAACCAUCGAUGGAAAGGUUAGGUUUGUCAACGGCAGUACACUUGAAACAUCACGCUCAAAAGCUUGUCGAAAAAUCCGUAAUAUGGAUCUCAGGGAUCACACAGAACAAAAACCACUUGAAUUUAAUAUUGAGGAGUAUAGAAAAUACAUGAUAGGACAUCCCCGCAUUAAAAUAUCAAACAUAAUGUUUCCUGGAAGCCAAUCUAAAAGAAAACUUUACUUUACUCAGAUAACAGACUUGGGUGAAUACUUCUUACAAAAGGAGAAACAUCCUUCAAUAUCCUUCUAUCUAGUCCUAGACCAAGAUUGUAGCCUGAGAUCAGUUUACAAAACUGAAGUUAUUAUAGUUAGUAGUUCGGAUUCCUUUCAACGCCAACUCUUAACAACAUUUUUCGAAGUGCAACAACUUGAUGAAAUUGAGCGUCAAGAAUAUCCUGUGGUGCAUUUUUUCCGGCGUAAACUUAAGAUUUCAUGA